CCCACCGUGCCGCUUCCGGUGCGGGCUCCGCCCCGGCUGUGGCCCCCGGCGGCAGCGGAGGACUCCAAGACGCAGCUGCGGCCUGGGGCCUGAGCGGCCGCUUAGUCCACAGCCCGCGGCCGGAGCCUCACAGUGUAGACCCAGCGUGCCUGCUAGGCUGUGCCCUGGUCCAGAGCCAUGCCAACCUGUGAGUGAGACUCACGGCAGUGAUGGAGCCCCUGCAGCAACAACAGAAGCAGUCGAACCUUGCUCCUCUGCAGAUGGAUGCCCGAGAGAAGCAGGGACAGCAGAUGAAAGAUACCCAGUUCCUAUAUGCCCAAAAGCUAGUCACACAGCCUGCUCUCCUUUCUGCCACACCUGGGAGACCUGCCAGCAGUCCUGCCCUGGGUCCCUUAACCAGAGUUUCACCAGCAACACCAGUGGCCCGAAUUUUUGAACGGAGCAAUGUGAACUCAGAGCCUGAGGAAGAGGAAGGAGGUCUAGAAGAUGAGGAUGGGGAAGAUGAUGUUGCAGAAGUGGCUGAAAAAGAGGCCCAGGCUGCUUCCAAAUAUUUUCACGUGCAGAAAACAGCUCGCCUAGAUUCCCGAGCAGCACCCAUGUCCAGUUUGCUUCCAGCACCUGGGCUCCCCUCCCAUGGACAGCAAACUAAAGAAGACCAUACCAAAGAUGCUUCCAAGGCCACACCUUCUGUUUCUAUGGCUGGGCAGUCAAGCUGGAAUCCGGAUGAGCAGCUUAAACAGAAUGGUGGUUUGGCCUGGAGUGAUGAUGCUGACGGAGGCCGGGGAAGAGAGAUCUCUCGAGAUUUUGCCAAGCUAUAUGAACUAGACAGUGAUCCUGAAAGGAAAGAGUUCCUGGAUGACCUCUUCAUCUUUAUGCAGAAAAGGGGUACCCCCAUCAAUCGGAUCCCCAUCAUGGCCAAGCAGAUCCUGGACCUGUACAUGCUGUACAAGCUGGUGACAGAAAAGGGAGGUCUGGUGGAGAUCAUCAACAAGAAGAUCUGGAGGGAGAUCACCAAAGGCUUGAACCUGCCCACCUCCAUCACCAGCGCCGCCUUCACCCUCAGGACCCAGUAUAUGAAGUAUCUCUAUGCCUAUGAGUGUGAGAAGAAGGCCUUGAGCUCCCCAGCUGAGCUUCAGGCUGCCAUUGAUGGCAACCGCAGGGAGGGCCGCCGGCCCAGCUACAGCUCCUCCCUCUUUGGCUACUCACCUGCCGCUGCCACUGCUACUGCUGGGGCCUCUGCCCUUCUUUCACCACCCAAGAUCCGCUUCCCAGUCCUGGGACUUGGCUCCAGCAGCAGUACCAGUGCCAGUGGUCCUCGGCUAUCCCCAGCAGCCACUCUCAGGAAAGGUGACGGGGUCCCUGCAGCCACGGUGCCUGUGCCAAAUCGCCUGGCCAUGCCCAUGGCUCUGGCAGGACCACAGGCAGGGAGUCGGGUGGCUGCACUGGAACAGCUACGGGAGCGUCUAGAGUCAGGGGAGCCAGCUGAGAAGAAGGCAGCAAGGCUAUCCGAGGAGGAACAACGCCUCGUACAGCAGGCUUUCCAGCGUAACCUCUUUAGCAUGGCACGGCAGCUGCCCGUGAAGAUCCGCAUCAAUGGCAGGGAAGACAGAGGAGAGGCCUCGGCUGCUGCACUGAACCUGACACCAAGCACCAUUGGGAGCAUUAACAUGUCUGUGGACAUCGAUGGCACCACCUAUGCAGGCGUGCUGUUUGCCCAGAAACCUGUGGUCCACCUCAUCACAGGCCCUGCUGCCCAGAGUGUCGUCGGCAGCACCUCCGGUGGCAGCAGUAGCAGUGGCGGCUCUCACUGCUCACAGAGCCCUACCUCGUCCAGGGGCACCCCCAGUGCGGAGCCCUCUACCAGCUGGUCCCUCUGACGGCAGCACCCGGCUGCCCUUGCCCUGCCUUCCAAGCCAGAAGUGGUGGAAGCUGCCACAUAGAAUUUACCUCGUCUUAUGGAGCCCAAUGUUCAGGGACUGGGUGUGUCCAUCUGUCCAGGCUCCAUUCAGGUCCUGCUGUCGUCUGGGGGCAGGGAGAGGUGGGCGGGGCAGGACUGGGCAGCGUUGUCCAAUCAGGGAUCUUCCUGGAGGCCUGGGCAGGGGUCUGGGUGCCCCACUUCCUUCAGGGUCCCUGCCCACCUUCUACCCCGGGGCACAGUGUAUCGACAAUCUGUAAGCCGACACAGGGCUGGACACCUCCACUUCCUUCCCCCUUAAUUUAUUUCCCUUCCUGUGCUUUCUGCAUCACCCCAGGGUCAUGGUCUUAUCCUCUGUCUGCGCCUCUCCCUGCCAUUUUUAAAUCUUAUGUGGCUGCUGGGACCAAGUGCCUGCCUUUGUGGCUCUCAGCUGCUGAGUAUAGGCCUGGCCCUCCCAGCCCACCUGUCCGGUCUUGGUUCUCAGAGCGUGAGUCCCUCCAAGCCUGACAUCAGACCUUGGGGCCCCAUGACGCCCUCAGGCCCACUCCAGUGGGGGAAAUGUGAAAGCAUGUGAGGGCAGGCUUCAGCCCCAGGCCUCUGAGCAUCUCCCAGGAGGAGGGCUUAGGCCGCCUGGGCCCCAGUAGCUAGUUUGUAAGCCCCCAUGCAACCCACCCUUACCUCAGGCUCCCCAGUUGCCCUUGUUGGCCACUCUCCCACCGUACCUCCCUUGUCCCUGUCUUGUUGCCAUCUCUGGGGGCCAUCUCCGCCCCACCAGCCCCAGAUGUGCCGAUAUCAGGUCAUUGAAAUACCUCAGAUUUGUAAUUGUUGAUGUUUGAGUCUUCAGGAAGUAUUUGCAUCUCUGAAAUCUUUUUUAUAUGUGUUUUGCAGACUUUUGUUUUUUAUUUUUAAAUUUUUGUUGUUGCUGUUGUUGUAGCACCAAAGAAAUAAGAAAUGAGAGCAGAUCACCUCAGCCAGGUGCAGUUGGUGGCCAGCCCCUUGGCCCUGCCCUUCCCCCCUGGAAGGUAGGAGCAGGCAGAGUGACUCAGGGAUCCCCAAGGUGGUAGGGUGGGACAGAGGCCUGCACUUGCCCACAGGGCCAGAAACUGCACCUGUCCCAGAACAUCAUUGACCAUGCCACUGCCCCUGCCCUGCCAUGUGUGCUGUGGGCCCUGCUGCCUGCUGGAGCCCAUGGUCAGGGAGUGAGAAUGGGAUAUGCUGGGGCUGGUGUAGGCUACCCCUGCAAUUGACAGGGUGCUGCUUGCACAGGCAACUUUGGCUGGGCACUUUCAGUGUUCAGAAUGCCACCACUGUGUUUUCUGGGCUCAGGGCCCUACACAGUCUCAUCCAGGAAGAGAAAGGGAAACUAGAAGCUUGUGCACAGACAUACCUCAGCCUGGCGAGUCACUUUCCCGGCCUGCGCCUCAUCCCUGCCCUGGCCCUCUUCACACUUGUGCCUGCACACACAGCCCACGCCCCUACCCACUGCAUGCUGACCUCCUCUGCCUGCAGAAACCUUGGCCUCCUAGCACAGGCAGGCUGUGGUAAGGAAGAGAUGAGGCUCUGGUGCUGGUGUGGAGGUCUGGUGGCCAGUGCUACCCCGCCUCCCCCUGGAGUAUGUCAGACACUUGGCCAGAGUGUAGUUCUCAGGGUUUGGUCACAAAGGAUGGAUUCUCCUCACCCAGAGGAUGCUGGGAUGUGCACUGGGUCUGAUCAUAGACAUUCCCCUUCUCCUUCCCUAGCUACUUACCUGCGCUCUCCCUGAGUGCUUCUCAGUGCCCCAGCAUGGGCCUGGCUCAGGUGGAGCAUCCCUGGGGAUGUUCUGUCUCCUAUCCCAUGCUCUUUGUAAUUCCAACAACAGUGUGGUAGCACACAGGUAGCCUAGGCAGUGAGUACAUACCUCAGACGUCCUUGCAGCAAGUGUCUGUAUAUGUCGUGGUUCUUUUCUAUCUUACAUGUUCUGAAUGUUUAUAUUUCAAUAAACCUCUACCU